AGCCCGCUCGAGUUUCAAUGCGCGCUGUUGCUGGACGAAGCUGAGUCCUAUACAGCGCUCGCUGCUCUCCCGAUCAUGGCUUCUUCGAGUUCCUUCACCUACUGUUGCCCUCCAUCUUCCUCCCCUAUCUGGCCAGAACCGCUGUAUAGUCUGAGACCUGAGCACGCGCGGGAGCGGUUGCAAGACGACUCAGUGGAAACAGUCACGUCCAUAGAACAGGCCAAAGUAGAAGAGAGGAUCCAGGAAGUCUUCAGUUCUUACAAAUUUAACCACCUAGUACCAAGGCUCAUUUUGCAGAGGGAGAAGCACUUCCAUUAUCUGAAAAGAGGCCUUCGACAGCUGACAGAUGCCUACGAGUGUCUGGAUGCCAGCCGCCCCUGGCUCUGCUACUGGAUCCUGCACAGCUUGGAACUCCUAGAUGAACCCAUUCCUCAAAUAGUGGCCGCAGACGUGUGUCAGUUCCUGGAGCUGUGUCAAAGUCCAGAAGGUGGCUUUGGAGGGGGCCCUGGGCAGUACCCACACCUUGCACCCACGUAUGCAGCUGUCAAUGCGCUGUGCAUCAUUGGCACGGAGGAAGCCUACAACGUCAUUAACAGAGAGAAGCUUCUUCAGUAUUUAUACUCCCUGAAGCAACCCGAUGGCUCUUUCCUCAUGCAUGUUGGAGGUGAGGUGGAUGUGAGAAGUGCAUACUGUGCCGCCUCGGUGGCCUCUCUAACGAACAUCAUCACUCCAGACCUCUUUGAAGGCACAGCCGAAUGGAUAGCAAGGUGCCAGAACUGGGAAGGUGGCAUUGGUGGGGUGCCAGGGAUGGAAGCCCAUGGCGGCUACACCUUCUGUGGCUUGGCUGCGCUGGUCAUCCUUAAAAAGGAACGCUCUUUGAACCUGAAGAGCUUGCUACAAUGGGUGACGAGUCGGCAGAUGCGAUUUGAAGGAGGAUUUCAGGGCCGCUGCAACAAGCUGGUGGACGGCUGCUACUCCUUCUGGCAGGCAGGGCUUCUGCCCCUGCUGCACCGAGCCCUGCACGCUCAAGGUGACCCUGCCCUCAGCAUGAGCCACUGGAUGUUCCAUCAGCAGGCCCUGCAGGAGUACAUUCUGAUGUGCUGCCAGUGCCCAGCGGGGGGCCUGCUGGACAAGCCCGGCAAGUCCCGUGACUUCUACCACACCUGCUACUGCCUGAGUGGCUUAUCCAUUGCCCAGCAUUUCGGAAGUGGAGCCUUGCUGCACGAUGUGAUCAUGGGUGUGCCUGAAAAUGCUCUGCAGCCCACUCACCCUGUCUACAACAUUGGGCCCGACAAGGUGAUCCAGGCCACCACACACUUUCUGCAGAAGCCAGUCCCAGGCUUUGAGGAAUGUGAAGACAAGUUGACCUCAGAUCCGACCACCGACUAGAGGACCGCAUGGCUCCCCCAGCUCCCCCGUCAGACAAGGUUUCUCCGUCUGGGUAGCUUAUGUGAGCCUCGGCCGCUUUGGAGUUGUGGUUUCUCUGUCCUUGCCUGUCAAACAAAACAAAGCCAGCAGCUCUGGGUUUGGAAUACACAGUGGUGUGAUUUUUUUAAAAAUUAUUUUCAUACCUGUCAAGCCAAAACUCUGUGAGCCUGCAUAGUGGGGUUGGAGGAGAGCGGUGCAUGCUGGGAAGAAGCCACCUCUCCUGGCAGCCAGCAGCCUGGCCCACCACGCUAAAAUGGAGGGUGUGAGUAUCUCAGCGUCGCAGCCACUGCUGUGACGCCCACCUGCACACCUCCUUUCAGUCACCAGAUGGUACCCACUCGGUAGAAAUAUCAGCUCCGUGCCAUGCCAGGGUGGGCUGUGGGCCUACGUGAGCUCCCUGAAAAAGACCCUUGGGCUACAGCAGUGCCUGUUUGUCUCCUUCACCCCAGUCAUCUGCAAAGGACAGCGGCUGGGAAUGGAGGAGAAGGGUCUUAGCUUGAGUUCCUCCCCACAACCUGGGAGAACUGAGCCAUGCAUCUCUCCAAGGCCAUCUUUGGUGUAAACAAGACUUGUUUUGUCCUAGGUAUGAUGACUAGACCCAGGUAACCAAUUAUGAUUGGAAAAUCAACCUCUAGGCCAACUCUGUGCCAGAGGAAGCAGCCUCUCCCAGAGCCCAGCCCCGCCUCUCCCCAUCAUGUACUCAGAGAGGCCCUCUUCCUCCUCCGGGCUGUGCUGCAGUCCCUCCGGCUCCUAUUCCUUCGUUUCCCUCACCCACCCCCAAAACAGUGUUGUCUUUUCUCAUCCAAGGUAUUAACACUACUAAGGUGUUCAUCUGAAUUGAUGACUCAGGAUUUACCCCUGCCCUGCCCACUCCAAGCUCACUGAAACUGAACCAGUGCUAGGCUAGCUGGCUGCCGUGGUGAUAGUGGUCUUGGGUGGUAGUGCAAGUACUGCCUGUGUGCCGAAUCCUGGAGCUGCCUCUGCACCGGCCCUUUCACAGUCGGCAGGGGGCUGAGUUUGGUCAUCCAUCCACUGCGACAGUCCCAGCCUUCAUGUGAGCAGGCAGACAGGAGCUUGGGGGCACAGCAUGAGGCUCUUACCGAAACCACUGACCAUUUGCUGCCUCUGAUUCCCUCUUGCUUUGGUGUACUGGGCUAUGUAUUACCUCCUUGAAAUAAUAAAAGAGUAACAUUUUC